UUCACAGUCACGAAACUAUCGAUAAGACUGUGAAUAGAAUUUUAAAAUACUUGUGACGUGACCAACAGCUGAUUUACCCAUCAUAUAUCGAUUCAAACUCCAUCAAUAAUUUUGCAAUAGUGCAACAAAAAACUGUUGAAAAAUGUCUGUAAAUACUUCAAUAGAGACGGUUAAUACGAAUGUUGAAUGCUUUGAUAUUGAAAAAGUUGCCGAGCUGUUUGCCAGCUGCCUGCUGGAUGAAGAUGACGUCCUCAUGGAUAUCUAUCUGGCGGCCUACGAAGAAAUUAUGAAGUUCUUCCAGCUUAUGGGCACCAUUUUUGGCUUCGUGAGCAGUGACGUUCGCAACAAAAUAGAUAUUCUUUACGAGCUGCGAAAGACUGACAACGAGAGCCAAACGCAUUUCGAGACCUUUAAAGGAAUGCUGCUUCAUGAGAGGGAUGCUAAUCUGUUAACGGCUAAAGGCUAUGUCUCGGGUAGCCGCACUCUACUGCGUCUCCAUCGUGGCCUUGAGUUUUUCUACGAGUUUCUGAAGCGUCUGCAAGACCUGCAAAGCGAUGAGAAAACCGCUAGCGUGUGUAGAACGGCCUAUGACGACACACUUGGUAAGCAUCAUGCAUUUUUAAUACGAAAGGGCGCCCGCCUGGCCAUGUAUGCGAUGCCAUCGCGUGGAGAUCUGCUCGAUCGCGUAUGCCAUGAUGUGCCCAGUGCCGUUGCGAUGCUGCCCAAAAUGCUUCAGAACACCCGGAAGGCCUACGACCGCACGGAACAGCUCUACACGCUAUACGAUCUCCAUAACUUGCCCUAGAGUUGAUCCAAAUUGUCUGUGUAUAUUUCGUAAAUUACAAGUAUU